CUACUGGGACCAAGAAACACCCAUUGAGAUUUUUCUCUCUCCUGUUCCACUUUUGCCCCUCAAAGUCAUCACGCUCCUCUCUCUCUGGUCUGCAAAAAAAAAAAAAAACUUUACAGUUCAGUUUUUAGAUCUAAGACCAACCAAAAAGAAUAUCUCUGAAGAAACAAAACAUAAUUAUUUAAAUUUAAUUGUUAUUAUAUUAAGUGAGGCCCUUGAACUGUACAUGAACUUAUAUCACCUCUUAUUCUGGGUCAUUAGAGUGUUCAAUCAUUGAAAGUAACUCAUAUCCAACUUGCUUUUUUUUCCCUUUUAUUUUAUUUUUUUUUCAUCUGGGCUUUUCAAACUUUUUCUUGGUUUAUUUUGUUUCUCAACCUCUUGGCUGCUUUUUUUUAAUAGAAAAAUGCAUUUUUAUUGAUCAGCAAUUCCUUUUGGGUAUGAUCUAGGGUUCUUGGAACUCUUAAAUUUUGAUAUAUUUUAAUGGAAUGUUUUAGUUUCCAUUACUAGUACCUAAAGUGCUUUAUGGGAUUCCUUCAUAUGGAUUCAAGUGUGUCAGUUUUUGGGAAGUAAUAAAUGCUUCAAUUAAUAGUCUGUCAUCGUUAUUUUGUUAAAUGUUCAUAAACUGUUUUGACCUCUUUUCUCUGUUUGAAGUUACAAACUUUAUAGUCUUGUUAAACAGAGUAUAUAAACUUCUUCAGUUUCUGCUUUUCUUUUUUGGGGUAAAGCUUACGCAAAGUGAUCUUCUUUCUUCUCAGUCUCUGUCUGUAUUUAUAUAUAAUAUAUAUAUAUAUAUAUAUUCCAAUUCUUUUAAAGGGUGUCCAACUGUUUGUUCUAAGUUCUCUGAGAAAUGUUCAUUUCAACUGAAAUUGAACAGAUCUCAUUGCCUUCAGUCAACGUAAAAGAGUCCUUCAAAUCAUCUCCCAUGGAAGCAAAUCCAGUUUCCCCUGAUGGGUUCCCAUUAGAUUCUGAAUCUCCUCCUCUUUCUACCAUCCAUACAGACGUAAGUAUUUUACCCGAGUACGAGAAGAGCGGGCUCCUUCAGUCCAUAUCAGACCUUGAAGGAGAAAUUGAACAGUUGAGGCUAAAGCACAGAUUGUGGAAUGAGAAGCGGAGAGAAGCAUUGAAUAAGAUACUAGACAUCAAAGGCACCAUUCGAGUGUUUUCUCGAGUUCGGCCAUUCCUUGCUGUGGAAAGACGAAAAAUUCCAGAACCUAUUUCAAUUGGAACAGAGAAGAUUACAGUGAAGUCAGCUGGAGUUAAGAAGGAGUUUGAAUUUGACAAGGUCUUUCCUCAAGAAGUAAACCAAGGUGAUGUUUUUGCUGAGGUGGAACCAAUUCUGAGAUCUGCACUAGAUGGCUAUAACGUAUCUGUUUUAGCAUAUGGUCAAACUGGCACAGGCAAGACCUUUACAAUGGAUGGCACCAAUGAGCAGCCGGGGAUCAUUCCCCGAGCUCUAAAGGAGCUCUUUCGCCAAGCCUCGUUGGAAGGUGAAAACCUCAAAGUUUCCAUGAGUAUGUUGGAGGUUUACAUGGGCAGCCUUAGAGAUCUACUCGCUCCAAGGCCAACUUCUAGAGUCUAUGAACCUGUUACUAGAAGCAAUCUCAACAUUCAAACAGAUCCAAAGGGGGGUGUGGAAAUUGAAGGGCUUACAGAAGUGCAAAUCCUUGAUUAUGCUAAAGCCAAAUGGUGGUACAACAAGGGGAAGCGAGCUCGAUCUACUUCAUGGACAAAUGUCAAUGAAACAUCCAGCAGGUCUCACUGCUUAACAAGGAUAACCAUAUUCCGGCAUGGCAAUGGAGCUGGAGCUAAAACAGAACUAAGCAAACUGUGGAUGGUUGACCUUGGAGGAAGUGAACGACUAUUAAAAACAGGAGCUAGUGGGCUAACACUUGAUGAAGGCAGGGCUAUAAAUCUUUCUCUUUCAGCUUUGGGGGAUGUUAUUGCUGCUCUAAGAAGGAAGCGUGGUCAUGUUCCAUACAGGAAUAGUAAACUAACUCAAAUUCUCAAGGACUCAUUAGGCGAUGCAUCGAAGGUGUUGAUGCUUGUUCAUGUCAGCCCAUGUGAAGAAGAUGUUGGAGAGACAAUAUGUUCUUUGUGCUUUGCAAAAAGAGCAAGAGCGGUAGAAUACAACAGAGAACAAGUGGAGGAUCUGAAGAAACAAAAAGAGAAAAGAAUCCAUGACCUUGAAGAGUGUAUGAGAGAAGCUGAAGAAGAAUGCCAGAAAGUUAAGAAGCAGAUACAGAAAGUUGAAUUCAUACUAAAUGAGAACAAAAAGCUGUACUCAAACACUGAACAACCACUUGAACAUGAAGAAGAAGAAGAAAUAGUUCUUUUGAGUCCAAAACAAGAUCUAAAGAAAGUAAAAGAACCCCAUAAAGAAACUAGAAGAAUCAUUUCUGGUUCAUUGCCAAGGUUCAUGACUUCAACAGUAGCCAGCCGCGAAAGGCAGAGCGCGGCUGAAAGAGAAAUUAUUGGAAGAGCAAGAAUUCUGAGAUCAGGGACCAAAAGUACUAUCCAUUUUACAACUUCUCAAUCAAUAAGCUAUCCGGAUCGUCGUUUCAAAGCAACUUUACAAAACUCAAACAGGAAAAAACAUGGUGUUGAGACUACUGCUGAUGAUGUUGUUCCCAACAACAUUGAGAGCCCAAAAUGCAAUGGCUCAGACUCCAAAUCAACAUUCUUGCCCAAAAGUAGGAUGGUAACAUCAUCUGAUUCUAACUUGAGAUCUACACUAAGUCGCCAUAGAAGAAGGAUGUCUAAUCUGAUUUAAAGUGUGAGAAGACAUAAAAUGCUUGACUUUUAGAGAGUAAUCUUGUGUGGUAUUUGUAAAAUGUGUGGUUUUCUUUUUUAUUUUUUGGUGGGGUGGGGAAAUUUGAAUGUUCACACAUACAUAUCCGAUAUGUACCAUUAUAUUAUGAUGGUGGUGCAUAGGUGGUGAUUCCACUAAAGUCUUGUUUUUUUUUUGAUACAUUUAAGUUUUGUUAUUCCCCUGAAAGCACACGACUUGUUGCUUGAUGGUGGUGGUGGUGUUUGUUUUUCCUUUUUUUUUUUAUUUAUUAUAUAUAUUUAAGGUAACAUUUAUGGU